AAAAAAAAAAAAAUGUCUUCUUUGAAUAGCCAAUUACAAAAUUUUAAAAAGUCCUUUAAGGCUAGCACUGACAUAGCCGUUAAACGUGCUGGCCAAGCAGUACCCAUCAAAGAAACUAAAACUUCCAUAGGAACUAUAGCAAAUAAUACAAAAGCUUCAUUUGAAUCUGUGAGUGGAAUAAAGAAAAGAAAGAAGACAACUGGUAAAUACUGGAGUAAUGUCAAUAAUAUCUCUCUUUUUUUAUAUUCAAAUAUCUGUUAGUUUAUUCACAACCUGCUAAUACGGGUACUGGCCAUCAUGCCAUGAGUCAGUUGUAUACAGUCAUUCAAUUUUUAAAAGAUAGUGAUGAUCCGCAAUCAGUCAUUAGUAUUGCCUCUCGUACUAAAGUAGACAUUUCUAAGAAUCAAAUGUUAUGGGAUAAAUUAGUGAAUAAUGAUAAAAUUGAAUUUGAUCCUGUUAACCAGACAUUUGCAUAUAAACCUACAUAUCAAAUUAGAAGCAAAGAAGAUUUGUUAGAAUUAUUAAUCCAAAAAAAGAAUGAAGGUGGCAUGGAUUAUAAAGACUUGAAGGACUCUUAUUCCAAAUUAAGUAAUGCAGUUGAAGAAUUAGCGACAGAAGGACAGAUAUUGGUUGUUAGAAAUAAAGAUGGAAAUCCUCGUGUAUUAUUUCAUAAUGAUGCGCAAUAUAAUACAACUAUUGAUCCUGAAUUUAAAAAGAUGUGGUCUGAAAUCUCCAUCCCGGACGAAACAGAUUUGCCAAAAGCACUUGAAACUGCAGGCUUGAAAACAAUGGAAGUAUUUGAAAAGAAAGUUACAUCAGAGACAAAGCCAAAGAGAUCAAAGACAAGAAAUAAGAGAAUUAAGAUUACAAAUACUCACUUGUCUCAUAUUGAUUUAUCAAAGGACUAUGUGCCUGCUCAUAAAAAAUAAAAAUUAU